AUGGGUGACGUAGGUGUAUCACUGUCAGAAAUAAUUGAGGUGCGAGGAUGUGGCUUAAACGAUGAUGAACUACUUGCAUUAAUUAUUAUCGCCUGCGAAGUUCUUUCUCAAGUACCUGCUGGAUUAUUUUCUCCAGAACAUAUCGUGUUACACACUGAUGGCGAACUUGAGAUUAAGUCCGUUGGAAGAAAUGAAGUAAGCAGUAGGUAUGUGCCUCCAGAAAUAUUGGAAGGGAAUACUGAUGUUGAUUAUGGGGCUGUACAUGUAUUUUGUCUUGGAGAAGUCCUCCGAUUUGCCGGUGCCGCUGAAUCGAACAAUGCAGAUGUGUUUUCUUUAUUAAAUGUCAUGACUGUGGCUCAUGUUGCUACACGACCAUCCAUAACUCGGCUUGGGCAAAUGGCUAAAAACAAACUUGCAAUUCAGAAUCCAAAAGCUUUGUUAGCUGAAAUGUACGUUUUAAUCAUGGGUGAUGAGGCAGAUGAUAUAGAAGAUUUAGACCUAUCCUCUGGUGAAUAUAUGCCUAAUAUGCUCAUUAGAAAGAGCAACUCAAAAUGUUUCGAAUGGGAUGAGAAAAUUAAACUACCCCAGGUAUUAUGAUA